AUGGGAGGCCGCAGAACAAUCGUGUUGAGCCUGAUCCUUGGCUUACUGGCAGCUGCCAAUGCGGUGCCCUUUGAUUUCUUUUACCUUAUCCUCAUGUGGCCUGGUGCAUACUGCGAGGACAGCGACAAUGGUUGCUGCGUGCCCAAGUACGGCUACCCGGCGGAGGAUUUCUUCGUCGAGUUCUUCCAAACCUUCGACGUGUCCAUUAACAAGCCCGUAGUCCGUUGCAGCAACGGCAGUCCCUUCGAUGCUAAAAAGCUCGACAAGAUCGAGAACAACAUCAACCACUACUGGAGCAAGAUCAAGUGCCCGCCCACCGACGGCGUGAACGCGUGGAAGAGCGCCUGGAACAGCUACGGCGUCUGCUCGGGCCUAAAGCAGCUGGACUACUUCAAGGCGGCGCUCAACCUGAGGAAGCAGGCGGACCUCCUCGGCGCUCUCGCCGACCAGGGCAUCCUGCCGGACUACAAGCUGUACAGCACGGCGAAGAUCAAGUACGCGGUGACCCAGAAGCUUGGCGUCGAGCCGGGGCUGCAGUGCCGGGACGGGCCUUUCGGCAAGAAGCAGCUGUACCAGGUCUACCUCUGCGUGGACACGGACGCCAAGACCUUCAUCAAGUGCCCCAAGCUGCCGGCCACGCUGAGCUGCCCCGCGUCCGUCGUCUUCCACCCGUUCUACACCUGGAUGCUCAACUCCACCGCCACCGCCGCCGCCUUCGACUCCAAGAUCCUGCUCCCCACUCAGACCAUGUUGAACUGA